GUCGCGAGGAGAACGGCGACGCGUGGGCGGAGGGCGCCUCGCAGCUCACAGGGUCUGCCUACGACGGCAUCGGCUUCGGAGGUGACCUCAUGAGCCAGUUGGCGUCAGCGCAGAGGGCGCCCGUGCACAUCGAGGGCUCGCCCGACGACUUGGCGGACGCUCCGAUGGGGCCCCACGCGGAGGGCUUGGGCGGCGGCAUCGUUGACGAGGGGGCUCAGAAGGAUCCCGAGGCGGAUCAGGAUGACGUCGAGACGGCCACGCUCGCAGAGUCCCAGAACCACGCGACCCAGGGCGCGCAGGUGCAGGCCGAGCCCGCGGGGACCAUCUUGGAGAGCGGCUCCUUGGCCACAGAGGCGCCUGCAGGCGCGCCGCCAGGUGGCUUGGUCGAGGGCGUGCAGCCGCUUCUGGUGAGCUCGGCUGAGGCCACGCCGCCGCUUCCGGUGAGCUCAGCUGAGGCCGCGCCGCCGCUUCCGGGGAGCUCGGCUGAGACCGCGGCGAGCGUGGGCGCCCCCGCGGCGACCGAGGGGGCCGAGGCGCCGCUUCCGGGGAGCUCGGUUGAGACCGCGGCGAGCGCGGGCGCCCCCGCUGCGACCGAGGGGGCCGAGGCCGAGGCGAUCCCCGCGACGAUCGAGGGGGCCGGGGCGGCAAGGAAGAAGAGGAGGAGGCGUGCAGGUGCGGCCAAGGGCAGAGCAGGCGCUCGCAUGAAGGGCGUGCGCAAGAAGAACAAGACGAAGUCGAAGGCAGCUGAUGACGUUUCCACGCUGGACGACGCUGGGCACGCAUACGAGUGGAAACAGCAGAUGAAGGAGCAGCGCGAGAAUGAGGAGAGGGAGAAGGCCUUAGAGGAGCAGAGUGCGCGGAGCGAUGUGCCCGCGCCCGCCGUCGCGCCCAGGGCGCGCGGCCCGCGUGCGCCAGACGUCGCGCCGCCGCGGGGGCCCCAUGCACUGGCUUUCGCCGCGAUCGCCCAGCGCCUCGGGGAGAAGCCUGCUCACCACGGCUUGAAGGAGCCGCAGAGCGGGCCGACGACGCCGACAGGGGCGCGCCCCGAUCAGAAGCGGCAGCAGAAGCGGCAGUCUGCAGGCGACGCCGAGCUGAUCCACUGCGUGGACAACCUGAACGGCAUCUUCAAGGCGAGGUCCAUGGUCGGGUGGAGGUUCAAGAGGGCCUGCGACAAGAGUGCCAAGUUGCGCAAGGAGCUGGCGACCGCACCUGACCCUGAUACGGUUAAG